UUUGCCAGCAACUUACAAGACGGCUCAAUUCUCAUUCGCGAGCUUUCGGGCGGAGUGAGGGGAUCUUCAUCCCCUUCCGGCGUCCGCCAUGUGGCGAGACCGGACGAAUCUCUACAUCUCGUACCGGCAAUCCUACGCCCACCACCCGACCCAGCGCAACCGGUAUGGACGAUCCAACGCGGGCGACCGCUUCGGCGGCGCCGGGGCGAGCACGGGGGUGCUGUUUGCGGCGGACGAGGACAGGCGGGGACUCCUGUCCUCCGGUGCCUAUGAUGUGGAUGACGGCGAUGCGGUGAUCGAAAUGGACCUCCUGCCCCCGCGCUGGGCCGACGUGUCGGACGAGGUGACGGAGUUGCUAGCCGACAUCGCGAGCAAGAGCCAGAAACUGGAACGACUGCACCAGAAGCAUGUCUUGCCGGGAUUCAACGACGAGGAGACGAAGAAGGCCGAGGAGGGAGAGAUAGAACGGUUGACGCAGGAGAUCACCCGUGGGUUUCACGAUUGCCGUCGGUGCAUUCAACGCAUCGAGCAGAUGGUACGGGAGGGCAAGGCGAACGGCCAGAUGAGCCGUGCGGAAGAGACCAUGGCAAAAAACAUCAAGGUCAACCUCGCCGCGAGGAUUCAGGAGGCAAGCGCUGGGUUCCGCAAGAAGCAGAGCGCAUAUCUCAAGAAGCUAAGAGGUAUGGCCGGAUUAGCCAGUCCAGUAGAACGUGGCUCUACUCCGCUAGCCGGGGGAGGCUACACCGAUCCGUCGCUUCUCGAAUCCGACGCGGACCGAACUUAUUCGCAGUCAGCGCUUCAGGCACCAACCCACCAGAAGCUCCUACAGUCCAAUGACGUCGCGAUAUCCCAACGCGAACGGGAGAUCGAGGAGAUCGCCCAGGGCAUCAUUGAACUCGCAGACCUCUUCCGGGAUCUGCAGACCAUGGUCAUCGAUCAAGGGACCAUGCUUGACCGUAUCGACUACAACGUGGAACGCAUGGCCAUCGAUGUGAAGGAAGCCGAAAAGGAGAUUAAAACAGCCGAGGGGUAUCAGAAGAAGACGACGAAGAGGAAGAUUAUAUUCCUUCUGCUGCUGAUCAUUGCCGCCAUGAUAAUAUUACUCGUCAUCAAACCGAAGAAGCACCGGCCUGCGGUCGACGAGAGCUCGGGAAGAGAGAGUUAGGGAAAUGGAAUCUACAGUCUUGCCAAGUGAGGAUUUGAGCGCUUUAUCUUGUGAUUGCGCUCGUGUAUAAGAAAUAAGGUAUUCAUAGAGAGGGGACUUGGCGCUAGGUGUCAUACCCUCGGGUUCUCAAGAUGGACGGU